ACAUGUCAUACUCAAGGCCCCUGAGUUCAAGGUUCAGUAUUCAGUAUUAAAAAAAAAAAAAAAAGCUGUAGAAGCAGGGCUCACUCGCCUCAACCCUUAGGCCUGAAGACUGUCCCCCUUUGAUGGCUGUCAUCCUUCUACUUGCAACCGCAACGUGGGAUCUGCCAGUCACUGAGGGCUUGGCUCAUAUUUAAGAAUAUGGGGUCUGGAGAUGGACAUGAAGGUUUCUGUCACACCUACCCUCAUGCUGAUGGACUAGAAGUCAUCUCUGAGAAAAUCUCUGACUCCUGCCCUAUACUAAUGAGGAAUUCCUGAGAUGAUGUCUGUUAGGAUUUGCAACCUGACGGAAUCUCUAUCCCUAGCUUUCUAGAGCAGAGCUGGAUAUUCUGUCCAGUCAAAAUACUCUAAAUUCUGAGCAGCCUUUUCUGAAAACCCAGUGUCCCUUGAUAUCCCUAGGAGACCUCUCUGAUCCCAGCUACCAGCUUGACGCUACAACCCUAAUCUAUCCAUAUGUCCUUGGCACAAGUAGCCAAUACUUAGGAUAUAAGGUAGCUCAGGGAGCCAAUCAGAAGCCAGGCUUUGGGAGGUGGGGAUGAGAGCCCCACACCUGGACUUUCAGAUAAGUCCAAGCCUGCUUAAAGAAGGUCUGAGAAGACUAUUUGAGUGGACUGUGGGAGUGGACUGAGUCUACACAGCUGGCCUCAUCUCAGGUCUAUUAUGUUAGCUCAAGGACAAAGAUCCCCAUAAAUAAAGCCAGGCCCAGAUCUCAACCUCACAGCUACCACAAUGCUACUGUUUAGCCUGACCCUUAGCCUGGUCUUCCUCAGCUCCUCCUGGGGCUGCGGUGUUCCUGCCAUCACACCAGCGCUGAAGUUCAACCAGAGGAUUGUCAAUGGGGAGAACGCUGUGCCUGGCUCCUGGCCCUGGCAGGUGUCCCUGCAGGAGAGAAAUGGCUUCCAUUUCUGUGGAGGAUCUCUCAUCAACCAGUACUGGGUGGUCACUGCUGCCCACUGCAAUGUGAGUCCUGGCCGCCACUUAGUUGUCCUGGGUGAGUAUGACCGAUCCUCCAACGCCGAGCCUGUGCAGGUGCUGUCCAUCUCAAAGGCCAUUACACACCCCAACUGGAACCCCACUACUACAAACAAUGACUUGACGCUCCUGAAGCUUGCCUCACCAGCCCAAUACACAGCACGUGUCUCACCGGUCUGUCUGGCAGCCUCAAAUGAGGCACUGCCUGAAGGCCUCACGUGUGUCACUACCGGCUGGGGCCGCCUCAGUGGCGUGGGCAAUGUGACACCAGCACUUCUGCAGCAGGUGGUUCUGCCCCUGGUCACUGUGAAUCAGUGCCGGCAGUACUGGGGCUCAAGUAUCACUGAUUCUAUGAUCUGCGCAGGGGCCGCAGGUGCUUCUUCAUGUCAGGGUGACUCGGGAGGCCCUCUUGUCUGCCAGAAGGGGAGCCAGUGGGUGCUGAUUGGUGUUGUCUCCUGGGGCACUGAAAACUGCAAUGUCCGAGCACCUGCUGUGUAUGCUCGGGUUAGCAAGUUCAACUCCUGGAUCAACCAGGUCAUAGCCUAUAACUGAGGCCCUUCAGCAUCUCAAUCAAAUAAAGAUCCCAAGCUCUC